AUGAUCCAAUCCUGCCAGGCAUCGGACGAGGAAGCCUUGCAGUUUAAGACCUGCUACGCCUUGAGCUACGAGCUGGGCUUGAGAUUGUGGAUUUGUCAAGAGUCACAGCACUCAUGUUGGAAUGACGUGAGGAACUCACUUCGUAGAGCCAAAAUGCAACACAUAGUUCUCCUAGCAACGUCCAUGAACAACUGCAGCCACGGUCCAUACCGAUCAGGACGGAACAAGCAGGUUCUGGAAGAAUCCGCCAGGAAUCUUGCGCAAAAGCUGACUGACAGUGACUUCCAGGAACUCUUAGACAAUAUGUCAAGUGACAGGGGGUACAAUGACGACCAGGAAGAGGACGACCCGAAUCUCCCUACAGACCCUCAUGAAAUCCCAAGCCUAAGCUGCAUCAAAAACCUUCCAGAAUUUGUGAAGACAAAAUCGUGGUUCGCCUCAAUUGGUGCGAUGCGUUUCCUGGUAGAGAACUGGUCACUUAUGAGCCUGAUUCUCGACAACGCCUUGGAAUAUGGUUCAGUGGAUGAUGGCCCUUGGAGAGACCCUGACCUCGAACUAGGCACCGGCUCCAGCCAGGACGAAGGUGACGAGGAGGACGCAGCUGAACAUACCAACCCCAAGGACCAGGAAAUUCCUGAGGAAUUUCAUGACCGCCCACAAACAAAAUCUGAGAUGCAAAAGCUCCGAGAGAAGUUUGAAAACAGCAUGAAACUGGUAGCACACCUCUACCAUGACCUGACGCUUCGGGAUGAGAUGAGGAUGGUGUUUACUGCAGUUACCCCUUACAUGAAGGGGUACUCCAAAGCACUGGAAGACCAGAAGUCUAAGGAGAAGUGCGUGGAAUGGCAAGCUGGGAGGUGCGCUGGUGAUUGGUACAGCACAAUCCUGGAAAGUUUAGGGACGCUCCACGACUAUGACUCUUUGAGACUGUUCAUAUCCUUACCGUCUAUGAACGCUGGCCUGAAUGAUAGCCCUGGGCAAGACCCAAAUGAACCGUGGAUCCUUGAAGAAACCCAAAGGCUUGAAUCCUACGUAUGCUUGUUGGUGGAACUAGCUGCAGCCCGCGCUUGGAGCCAAAUGAUUUUCACCAACAGUGUCCCCCACAUGUACGCUGGAGCCCUUCAUCCUGAUGACCAAAUGGCGAAGGCGCUUCUUGAAGGCCAGCGCGACAUUUGGCAAGCCGUCCUGCAAGCAGAGCAAAUGUUGGAGGAGUCAGCUACUUCCAAGGGUUUGAAGAUCCAACUCAAAAAGCUUCUCACUGAUCUUGCUUGGAACCAACUCCAGUUGAGUCGAGAGAUCUUUGUGAAUUGCGAAGCCAAUGGGUGGAACCACCAGAGCCCUGCAAUCCUGGAACUCGCGACAGCCGUCUUUGCAGCCCCAUUCAACACAAAGUAUGAUUUAGAGGACCUCUUUGCACACCUGACAUCCGUAUCGAAGCUUUCCUCCCUAGCCACGCCCAUGGCAAAGUGGAGCCGCUUCUUUUACUGUACAACAAUGCAGAGUCUGAUGAGAAACGAACAAAUGGCAUGGUCACAGCUAGAAACAACUCUGGCAGACCAUUGUGCUGCAGGGGCCCACAGUGCAAAAGUGGUGCUUGAUUCAGGGAAAUCCUUCAAGUCCAGUGAGUCACCGUUGCCCAAAUGGAUUCGAGAUGGCUUGGUCCAUAUCAAGUUGGAUCAUGUCAAAAAAGCUGGGACAGCGUCAAACCAACGUGCAGCGGCUGCAAGUGCCUGGUUGAAAUCAAACACGCGCACCAGCUUCUCUCAUGCGAGCAUGGCAUGGACAGGUGUCUUCUUUGUCAAGCACCACGCCUACAUGAACUGCAUCUCCAAAAGAGUCCUUCUAUGUUUGGGUUUUCGAACUUGGGCAGCCUUGGGAGUUCCUCUUGUUCGGCAUGAACUGGACCAUCAGGUGUUUUACACAAUUGACUUGGCUCCUACAUCCCGGUACCCGGUCUGGAUGUACAACAACCGUGUGGAGAUGAACGCUGAAAAUGCUACUGGAUGGGUUCAUGUCCCACUACAAGUCGUCCAUCCCAGAACGCUUCCACAUGGGAUGUAUGGGAAUCACUUCUUUGCAUUUGUGCAAUGCGGUCCCGCUGAGCCACUUAUUCAUUCUGCGAUUCGCAACGGAGUUCUCAUGACUCUUGCCCAGUUGAGGAGUGUUCAAGGGGUUUUGAAAUACCCUUUGCCUGACAAGGGCAAAGGCCAUGGAAAAAACGGCCGCCUCAUCAAACGGGAUUGGUGCCAAGGCCUAGUUGACUACCUGUUCCCCGACAUGUCUGAGGCUGAUCGCUCUCGACUGGUUGCUGGGCUGUUGGGGAAUAAUUGUCACCACCUCCAACCUCCAAGGUCUAAGUCCGGGUCAUCGUCUUACCACACAGCUGACAUACUAAAAGCGUUUGAUGGUCUAGAAGCUGAAGACGCAAAAGAGUUCAGCGCCUUGGCAGCUGCAGCAAAGGAUGAAGCCCUACUCAAGGAAAGGAGAGACAGGAAAGCCAGGGAGCAAGCAGUGACCCGGAGGAGCAACGCUCAUGAGACGCCCAAAACAUUGCGGGAUUUGAUUCCACCAGUUGCUGGCUGCCGGCUAUCUCGACAUCCAGCUCUUCGAAGGUACCAAGGGUUCUACACACGUCUCAAGGUCCCAGGUGAUGGUGAGAGGAUGUAUUCCCAUGCUGCAAGCUGGGGUGGCAAGCGAAAGCAAUUGAGCGAGUUCAGCGCGUUGAAAGAGGUGACUUCUUGGUUGUGGCGAGUGCACUAUGAAUUGGAGCCUGCUGCUGAAACAGACCAAAUGCGACUUAGAGAGUUCAGCUGUUUUCUGCUAUUUAAUUGA